AUGUCGACCAAUGAUCGUAGUUGGAUGAAUCGUCGAUUAGAAAGUAACCGAAUAACACUUACUCCGGAAUAUAAAUUGGGUGUUGAGCAAUUUAUAAAAUUUGCAAUUGAGAAUAAAGGUGUAGUUGAAGAUUUGAUGAAGUGUCCAUGUGUUAAUUGUAAAAAUGGGACAUGGGAGACCAUUGAAAAUGUUAGAUAUCAUUUGAUAGCUAAUGGAAUUUGCUUGGGUUAUAAAAUUUGGACAUCUCAUGGGGAGUCAUCACGAAGAAAAAAUAAUCGUGUUCAAAAAGAAGUUGAAAAACCGGUAGACAUGGAAGCGAUGUUAAGAGAUGUUGGAGCCGAACCUAAGGCUUGUACUAGUAGAGUAGAAGAACCACCUAAUGCGGAUGCUUCCGAAUUUUACAAAGAAGUCAAUAGAUGUGGAACACCAAUAUAUCCGGGAAACACCAAUUACACAAAACUAUCUUUCACCACAAGGUUGUUGCACUUUAAGAAUGAAUCCCAUUGUAGUGAGAAAUCUUUUAAUUUGUUACUUGAGAUUAUUGGCGAUGUUCUUCCACCAAAACACACAUUACCAUCUACUUACUAUGAGGUGAAGAAAAUAGUAAAGGAAUUGAAGCUUUCAUACAACAAAAUUGAUGCUUGUGAAAAUAAUUGCAUGUUGUUUUAUGGGGAUGAUAAAGACAAAAAAGAUUGUGAUCAUUGUGGAAAGAGUCGUUACAAAGAAGCAUGUGGAAAAAAGAGUACCACAAUUCCUCGUAAGAUUUUAAGACAUUUUCCUCUUAUAGAUCGUCUCAAAAGAUUAUUUAUGUCGGAGCAUACGGCUAAACAAAUGACAUGGUACAAGAAUAGAGAGGUAAAAGAGGGAGAAAUUAGUCACCCCUCGGACGGAGAUGAUUGGAAAAAUUUUGACUUGCAACACCCUUCGUUUGCUAAGGAAUUUCGUAAUGUACGACUUGGUCUUUCAACCGAUGGUUUUAAUCCUUUUGAUAAUUCCGGUAAUAAAGUAUAUAGUCUUUGGCCGGUAGUAGUUGUUGUGUAUAAUCUUCCUCCAUCGAUGUCAAUGAAAAAACCCUACAUGUUUUUUACUCUCAUUAUUCCGGGUCCGGAUAAUACAAAGAAGGAUCUUCAUGUAUUUCUUCGUCCGCUUAUUGAUGAGUUAAAGAUUUUGUGGCAUAGUGGAGUUGAGACAUUUGAUCAAUCAUAA